ACCCGGAUGCACAACCGGAGGGCGGCUCCCGUUAAAGCGAGUGUUUCCGCAGUGCAUCGCGCUCCACCCCGGCUCCUCUCGCUCGGCCGCCGCUUCUCCUCAUUCUCCCGUGCCCCGUCCCGCUCGCUGUCCGUCCCUUCUCGCCGUCCCUCCGCUCUGUGCCAUGUUGCCGCGGGUCUGCGGGGCCGACCUGCCUUUGGGGCGGCUGCUGGUGGUGGUGCUGGCUCUGGCCUGCGCCACGCGGGCCUCCGAGAUCACCUUCGAGUUGCCCGAUAACGCCAAGCAGUGCUUCUACGAGGAGAUCGCUCAGGGCACCAAGUGCACGCUGGAGUUCCAGGUGAUCACUGGAGGCCAUUACGACGUUGACUGUCGAUUGGAAGAUCCUGAUGGCAUCGUACUGUACAAAGAGAUGAAGAAACAAUACGAUAGCUUCACAUUUACUGCAUCCAGGAAUGGAACAUACAAAUUCUGCUUCAGUAACGAAUUCUCUACGUUUACACACAAAACUGUGUACUUUGAUUUCCAGGUUGGAGAAGAUCCACCGCUGUUUCCUAGUGAAAACAGAGUAACUGCACUUACCCAGAUGGAGUCCGCCUGUGUCUCAAUUCAUGAAGCUUUGAAGUCUGUCAUCGAUUAUCAGACUCACUUUCGACUGAGGGAAGCGCAAGGCCGCAGCAGAGCUGAGGAUCUGAACACAAGAGUUGCUUAUUGGUCGAUAGGGGAAGCAAUCAUUCUGCUUGUUGUUAGUAUCGGGCAGGUAUUCCUCCUCAAGAGCUUCUUCUCAGAUAAAAGAACCACAACAACCCGCGUUGGAUCAUAACUGGUAGUGAUAAUGCUUCAGGUCAUUAUGCACUAUUAAUCUGUAUAGUUACUAUUCUCCAAUUAAUUCUAGGUACAAAGGAUCUAAAUAUGUGCAGCAUUCGAGUGUGUCUACCCAUCAUCUGUUAGAAUCACAAAACAGACACAAAAAGUUAUAGAAGGGACACAUGAUAACAUUCAGAAAAAGAAAAAAACAAAACACUUCUGCUUUCUGAUUCCUCUAUUAAACAUUUGCAUUGACCAGCCUAUCUAUCUUUUUCUUAUUGUAAUCCAAAUUGAGGAUUUUUGGUUUUUUCCUUUUUUUACCAGGGAAAUUAUUUAUCUGCAGUAUAAAACUUUAUAAGAACCAAGCAAUCAAAUGUCUGAUAUGCAAAAGCAAUGCAUAUGAGAAGUGUGGUUUUAUUAUAAUUUCCAGGCUGAGUGGAUUGCAUUAUAAACAAGCAGAUGUGAUGAACUGUAAUGCUGUUUUGAUUUGCUGAUUACAUCCUUUGCUUAUUUGUUAAUCUGUUGCAAGUGUGACACUACGUCAUGGCUCAUUCUCUGUCAGCCUGGUGAAUCUCCACUUUCAAAACACUUUAAAUUUUAUAGUUGAGUGCAUUUGCUUAAGCAUGUAUUCUUCUAUACUAAGGUAUAACAUUUUUCCUCUUCUGUGAUGUUUGUUUUACUGAACAAACUUUAAACUGAGACUACUCAGGAAAUAGAUUUUCUGUUUUUAAAAAUCCAAAUCUCCAAAUUCGUUUUAAAAACUUGCAAUAAAAUAGAGAGUUGUAACUUUGUCACUGAAGCUGUGCAGUGUCUGGGCACGCGUUGUUGCUGCUUCUUGUAUUUAAGACCAGAGGUAGCUUGGUUUGUUAGGCAGCACAGCACCAGCACUGGCCGAGGCUAUAGUACAUAUGAAGCACAUACAGAGGUUUUUAGCAGAUUGUUUUCCUGUUCAGAGGCCGAUUUGAUAUUGAUACUGCAUUGCACGUGUGCUGUAAAUUUUAUUUCCUUGUGUGUGGUGCACUGAUACAGUAUGGCCUUGUGCAUCUGAUCGCCACUCUUUUAUUUUUGCUAGUGGUCAGAAAAUGUUUUAAAUAUUUCAGGUUAUCUUUUGGUAGAGUUAAUAGCCACGUUGUUUCCACUGCUUGUGUACUUAGUAGCUUAUGUACUGUAAAGUCUUGCUUUAUUUGGAUGUGGAAAGAAGUAAGUGUAUGAACAUACAUGUAGCUUAGAUUGAAUUGGUCAGCUCCUUUAGGUGCUUCUGGAGGAGAAAGUAGACUUGCAACUUGUAAAUGCACACAAACUAAACAGAGGUGGGGGGGGAAAAAAGUUGUAUUGCUGACUAAUUCAAAAGAUGCUUCCUAAACUAAUUUUCAGCAACCAGAGGAAGAAUGCUGUAUCCUCAUUCAUAGCCUGUGUUAUCUCUGGCAAAAAAAUUGAGACCCUGAAGAAUUGACCUAGGAUAACUUCAUUUUAAACAUUGUGAUGGUUGAAAAGUGAACCGUGUAGUCAUCUCUGUUUGGGGAAAAUCUUCUUUGGAAAUCAAAACAAAACAAACUGAAGGAGCUAAAAAAUAAGUUAAAAGGUUAUGGAGGUACUAAAAUGCUCAGUUUAGGAUUAUGUGUACUGUCUUGUAUUGAAAUUCAAAUACUGCAUUAUCAUUUUGGAAUGCAGGCUUCCAAGAAGUAGUUAAAUUCACAAAAAGCAAAAAAAAAACCAACACCCUGACUAUUCCUUUCUUUUGAGACAGGUUUGUGCCUAAGAACUAUGUUCUUAAUGGUACCCAUAUGUGUGUACUUCUGCAGCUGAUACUCAGUAACUUUUGGCUGCUUUGCACUCAACAGUGAAGCAAGUUCUGCACUCUGGGUGCAAGUAUUGGAUGAAAACACGAUUUAAUUAGCAAAUUGUCUUCUGUAAUCUGCAUUUUGAAAAUCACUUCUGUAGCUUUAAUCAGAACAAAGACAUUUGUUUUAGAGAUUGAAACUUUUUUUUUUUUCCUUGCUGUGUUCUGUGUGCUAUUAAAAUUGGUAAACAGUGGGGUAAACCAAAUACUGGCUGUCCAUCGCAUAUGUCUCUAUUCUUUCAUAAUGUUUGAAUGUGUAAGGUGGGACUGCUGUGCUCAAUAUUACGCCCACUGCAGAGGCUUAGUGGACUUUGUCAUUAAAAUUAGUUAUCUGAACCAAUCCUUUGAUAUCUUGCUACAUAAUAUGCAGCAAUAGUUUAAAAUGCCUUCAUUUUGUCUUUAUUAAAAACAUGGCACAGACACCCAUUUAAACAUAGCUGUAUAUAGUUUUUAAAUUGUGACUGAAUAGGAUAUAAUAAAACACAUGCUAAUAUGCAGAGAGUGAAGAAAUGCUUUGUGACUUUUCAUUUGAGCUGCGUCUUUUCGUAUAUGAAAAGAUAGCUUGAUUAAUGGUGUCAUAGACAAAUGAAUUGCCAUGCAUUAAUGGGGAUACAACUGUGUUUUUAACUUGCUUAAGACCCUCGUUUUCAGCUAUUCCUUCAAUGUUUUGUGUUUACGCAACUUCUUUUCGUGUUGUGAAAUGUCAGUUUUUGAUUUAGUUUGGAGAAAAAACAAACAAAACCUUUGAGUAAGACAAGAAACAGACUCUGUGAAUACUGUAUGGGAAAAUAAAAAGUUAAUAUAUGA